UUCGAGCAAUUCGAGCGCGAGCAGGAGGAGGAGUACGAUAGGCAAUCGCAGGCCUCGAAUCAUCAAGGUCGCCCACGUAUCGAGAAACAGAGGCUUGUGUUGUCCACGUUCAACAGAGAAAACCCCGAUGCAUGGCUUAACCGAGCUGCGCAAUAUUUUGACAUCAACGAGACGCCUUGGUAUGAGAGGGUUAAGUAUGCAGCCUAUUAUCUAGACGGAGAAGCCAAUGUUUGGUGGCAAUGGCUCGUGAGCAUCUACCAAGGCAACCCGCUCCACAUCCCGUGGGGAGAAUUUGAGCGCGAGCUACUUGCUCGAUUUGGAUCGUCCGACUACCAUAGCUACGAUGAGGCGCUUUCGCACAUCAAGCAGACAGGAUCGUCCGACUACCAUAGCUACAAAGAGUUCGAGCGACUCGCAUGUCGGGUGCGCAACUGGCCGAUCUCUGCACUCAUCGGGACAUUCAUAGGAGGGCUUAAAUUCGAGCUAGCCGCAGAAGUAAGGCUCGACCAACCACGGACCAUGCGCGAGGCCAUGGAGUCUGCGCGAAGGAGGGAUGAAUACUUAACGGCCACACGAAGGAUCGGGCGGGAGAGUGUGCACAACUUGGAGCAACGGCGCUCGGACCAACACUUGGACGAGCGCACAGUCAAAGACAGCGCACCAUCAAACGUGAGCAACGUCCAUCCCAACCCGCGACCGCCGAACAACUUUCGAACGCCACCUCCGGGCGUUAAACAACUUACGCUCGAGGAGAUGAGACGCCGACGUGAGAAGGGUCUCUGCUACAAAUGUGAAGAAAGGUUCACCCCAGGCCAUCAAUGCAAACAAUAUUUUCUGAUCGACGUCACCGAAGAAGACGAGGAGGAGGCCUAUGAGGACCAGCUGAAGCAGCAAGUGAAUGAAGAUUUGGAGAUCUCGGUUAAUGCAAUGGCAGGCCUACAAGGACCGAGAACAAUCCGACUGCCCGCCAUGAUCAAGGAACGGCCAAUCGAGGUACUAGUCGACACCGGCUCAUCGCAUAACUUCAUUUGCGACAAGGUACCUAAGGACUUAAAGCUCAAGGCAACAAAGGUGGAACCGUUCGAUGUAAGGGUUGCCAAUGGAGAGCGGCUAAGAUGUCACGAAUAUUAUCGGGAAGUGCCCAUCAACCUGCAAGGUGAGAUCAUCAAAGCCGACCUUUAUGCAUUACCUAUUGUGGGGCCCGAGAUAGUUCUUGGAAUUAAAUGGCUUGAAGGACUUGGAGAAGUAACUACGAAUUACAAGAAAGGCAUAAUGGAGUUCUACUCAGGAAGCCGACUCAUCAUGCUAAAAACCGAACCGAAAGGAAUAAAUCGAGAUGCCGAGAUGAGGAGUUUGGAGUUAGCCUCGAUCCUUGAGGACAAGGAUGUGCUUAAAGGGGGCGGGAAUGAAGCGGAAGUGGACCCCGACCCUACCAAGCCCGAGCACAGAACGCGUUUAGGCCAAGGAAGACAACGUCGCAAAUGGACGCGCCAUCGAAGGUAUCGGGAUGUUUAUCGAAGGA